AUGGCGUCGAGCUUCAACCUGGAGAAGGCAGUUUGCAACCAUGGUUUUUUUAUGAUGGCACCCAAUUUGUGGAUUCCAUCAACCAAGACCUUGCAGCGCCCACUGCGCUUGGCUGACUCCAUCACUUCGGUCACUGUUCGCAUCUCACACCCUCCUAAACACCAUUCUAUCCAUGUCCUCGUUCUUGACACCAAAGCCCUCUCGUCCCCAGACCAACAAGCUUUGCUGCGUCAAGUUGCUCGAAUGUUACGAAUAUCAGAGGAAGAUGAAAGGAAGAUAAGUGAGUUCCACAAGAUACAUAGUAAGGCCAAAAAGAGGGGAUUUGGUCGCCUUUUUAGAUCACCAUCUCUAUUCGAGGACAUAAUUAAGUCUAUCCUCCUCUGCAAUUGCUAUUGGCAGAGAUCUCUGCAAAUGGCAACAGCUUUGUGUGAGCUUCAAUUAGAAUUGAAGGGAGGCUCAGUUGAUAAAAAUGCAGAACAUGCCUCAAUGACACAAAGGAUUGGACUGAAGAGAAAGCAAGCUACAAAUGCUGUAAAUGUUGUCAACACCACCAUAGGAGAUUUUCCAAGCUCAAAGGAGCUGGCCAGCCUCAACGAUAACUUUCUGAAUGAUCGUUUGAAACUUGGCUAUAGAGCAAGGCAAAUCUUAAAGCUUGCCCAAGGAGUUGAAGCAGGAAUAAUUAGACUGGAAAAGCUUGAAGGAGAAGAGGAAGAAGCAGUCUAUAAAAAGUUAAUGCGUAUUGAAGGGAUUGGAUCUUUUACCUGUGCCACUAUUCUUAUGUCCAUCGGCUUUUAUGACAAGAUUCCAGCUGAUACUGAGACGGUUAGUCAUUUCCAAGAGCUGCAUGGAAGAAAAGACUGCACCAUAAAAACAGUUAAUAAAUAUGCAAAAGAAAUAUAUGGGAAGUUCUCGCCAUUCCAAUGCUUGGCAUAUUGGUUCGAGCUGUUGCAGGUCUAUGAAAAGAAAGUUGGGAAGUUGAGCAAAUUGCCCCCUUCAAGUUAUUACAAGGUCAAUUGUAGCAUUGGUACCUCUGCUUGCGGAUCAACAUGGUGA